GACACCGCCGACACCAUCGAGCGCUGGUACAAGGUACAGCAGAUGUGGACUUCAUUGGAGAGCGUCUUUACAGGCGGAGACAUUGCGAAGCAGAUGCCCAUGGAGGCAAAGAAGUUCGGACAGAUCGACAAGGAUUGGCUGAAGAUCAUGCACAAGUCGGCCGAGACAAUGAAUGUGGUGGAUUGCUGCCAGAACGAGCUGCUACGCCAGAUGAUGCCAGUGCUUCUGGCUGGAUUGGAGACGUGUCAAAAGUCAUUGGAGAGCUACUUGGAAGGAAAGCGGCAGAAGUUUCCACGCUUCUUCUUCACUUCAGAUCCGGUCCUCCUGAAGAUUCUGUCGCAAGGAAGCGACCCGGAGACCAUCCAGGAUUGCUCGAUAUUGUCGAGUGUGUUGACGACUUUGAGAAGCUCUUCGACGCAAUCAGCCGCGUCACGUUUGACAAGAUCGACCGCCGCAAGAUCAAGGAGAUCAAGAGUGUUGCUGGAAGCUCGGAUGAGCGAGUCAUACUGCAGGCACCUGUGAUGGCACAGGGAAAUAUCGAGGAAUGGCUGCAAAACCUCGAAGCGGAGAUGCAGCGAAGCGUGCGUCGGGAAUGCAGGCUGGCAGCUGGAGAGUGUGGGAGUGUGAUUUCGUCCAUUCCAGUGCAAAGCUUCGCG